AUGCAGAGGAAGCUUGAGGGCUUACAGACUAAUCACAAUAAUCUGACAGCAACUGCAGAGCAGCUACAAACCAGCUACUAUAACCUCCAAAGAGAAAAGGAUGGAUUAAGCAUUCUUUUUACUGCACUGAGAGUAAAAGAAGUCCAGCUAGAAGGUAAUUACACUGUGUUAAAGAGGGAGAAAGACCAGUUACAAAGAAGCUACAAUACUCUGAAUAGAAACAAACAUCAAACUGACCAGAGCUAUAACACCCUGCGGAAAGACAAAGAGCAACUUCAAACCAGGUAUAAUACUUUGAGGAAGGAAAAGGAACAAUUACAAACCAACUACAGUCGUUUGACUACAGCUAGAGAAGAGUUACAAUUGAAAGUCAAAAGGAUGACCACUAAACUAAGCGGCAUUCCUUGUCAGGCCCACUGGAGAAGGUUCGACAUAAGCUGUUAUUUUGUCUCAACCUUGAAGAAAAACUGGACGGAAAGCAGAAAAGCCUGCAUCGCUGAAGGUGCAGAUCUACUUGUCAUAGACAGCGCUGAGGAACAGGUUUUUGUCAACGAAUUACUGGACAAGAGCGAGAGGCAAAAUGCUUGGUUUGGCCUCACUGACACACUUACAGAGGGGGUUUGGACCUGGGUGGAUGGGACCCCUAUUACCAUAGAGUGA